CGGCGGCGCUUGUCCGUUUGGACAAAGAAAAAGCCAAGCUGACUUUGUUUUUUCCUGUCCGAGCUUUUUGUUGCGCGUGGUUGUUUACCCCACCCCUUUUCUCUUUCCUUUAACCUUUUUUCUUUUUUUUUUCUUUAACCAUGUAUCGAUUGUCGGCGCUCUCGCGUGCGGCCAGACCCCUUUCUUUCUCUGCUCGAAAUAUUCAGCAGGCCGUUAGACCUUCAGUCGUCCGUUCGGCAUCUGUGGCUUCUUUCCAUACCGGCAAAACUCGUUUCGCUGCCACCAAGGCCGCUCCCGAAGCCAACGAUGUGUUUUUGCAAGGUAAUGCUGCCAACUACAUUGAAGAGAUGUAUGAGGCCUGGUUGAGAGAACCUUCUUCGGUCCAUCUGUCGUGGCAAAUCUACUUCAAGAACAUGGCCAACGGUGUGGCUCCCGGUCAAGCCUACACUCCUCCUCCCACCCUUGUUCCCUCGGGCAGUGCUCGUCUUCCCGAUCUCCCUGGUGCCACUGUGGCCAAUGCCGCCAAUGCUUCUUCUUCCGAAGUCAUUGAUCACAUGAAGAUCCAAUUGUUGGUCCGCGCUUACCAAGUUCGUGGUCACCACAUUGCCAACUUGGAUCCUCUCGGUAUCCAACACGCCGACCUCAACGGUACCGCCCCACCCGAGCUUAACUACGAAUACUAUGGUUUCUCCGAAAGAGAUUUGGACCGCAAAUUCACUUUGGGUCCCGGUAUCUUGCCUGCCCUCGGUAAGACUGACAAGACCUUGACCUUGCGUGAAAUCAUGGAUGCCUUGAAGAAGAUCUACUGUGGCUCCAUCGGUAUUGAAUACAUUCAUAUUCCCGACCGUGCUCAGUGUGACUGGAUUCGUCAGCGCAUUGAAAACCCUCAGCCUUACAAAUACUCCGUGGAUGAGAAGCGCAUGAUCUUCGAUCGUCUUACCUGGUCCGACAGUUUUGAACGUUUCAUUGCUUCCAAGUAUCCUUCCGAGAAGCGUUUCGGUUUGGAGGGUGGUGAAACUCUCAUCCCCGGUAUGAAGGCUUUGAUUGACCGUUCAGUUGACCUUGGCGUGGAAUCCAUCGUGAUUGGUAUGCCCCAUCGUGGUCGUUUGAACGUUCUGAGCAACGUCGUCCGCAAGCCCAAUGAAUCCAUCUUUUGCGAAUUCAGCGGUUCCCUUCAACCCUCUGAGGAAGGUUCCGGUGAUGUCAAAUACCAUCUGGGUAUGAAUUACGUUCGUCCUACCCCUUCGGGCAAGCGUGUCCACCUUUCCUUGGUUGCCAAUCCUUCUCAUUUGGAAGCCGUUGACCCCGUUGUGCUUGGUAAGACCCGCGCUCUUCAGUUCUACAGCAACGAUGACAAGGGCAACCACUCCAUGUCCGUCUUGAUGCACGGUGACGCCGCUUUUGCCGGUCAAGGUGUUGUCUACGAAACCAUGGGUUUCCAUGACUUGCCUGCCUACAGCACCGGUGGUACCAUCCACAUCGUCGUCAACAACCAGAUUGGUUUCACCACCGAUCCCCGCUACGGUCGUUCCACUCCUUACUGUACCGAUAUUGCCAAGUCCAUCAACGCUCCCGUGUUCCACGUCAACGGUGAUGAUGCUGAAGCCGUUACUUAUGUCAUGCAAUUGGCAGCUGACUGGCGUCAGACCUUCCAUCGUGACGUUGUCAUUGAUCUUGUUUGCUACCGUAAGCACGGUCACAACGAAACCGAUCAGCCUAGCUUCACCCAGCCCAAGAUGUACCAGGCUAUUGCCAAGCAGAAGCCCGUGGCUCUCAAGUACGCUGAACAGCUCAAGAGCGAAGGUUCGCUCUCUGAAGAGGAAAUUGAGGCGAACAAGAAGCGCGUGUGGGGUAUUCUCGAAGAAAGCUACUCCAAGAGCAAGGACUACCAGCCCACUUCCCGUGAAUGGUUGUCCAGCUCCUGGCCCGGUUUCAAGUCGCCCAAGGAAUUGGCCGAACAGAUCCUUCCUCACUUCCCUACCGGUGUUUCCACCGAAACCCUCCAACAGGUUGGCAAGGCUCUUACCACUACUCCCGAAAACUUCAACCUUCACCGUAACUUGAAGAGAAUUCUCCAGAACCGUGAGAAGAACCUCAAAGAGGGUAAGGAUAUUGAUUGGGCCACCGCCGAAGGUUUGGCAUGGGGUUCGCUCUUGCUUGAAGGCAAGCACGUCCGUGUCUCGGGUCAAGAUGUCGAACGUGGUACCUUUUCUCAACGCCACGCUGUCCUCCACGAUCAGCAAAAGGACCACAAGCAUACCCUUUUGAACCACAUCUCUUCUGAACAGGGUGUGUUGUCGAUUUCCAACUCUUCCCUUUCCGAAUUCGGUGUUCUCGGUUUCGAAUUGGGUUACUCUCUUGUCGAUCCCAAUGCCUUGGUGGUCUGGGAAGCCCAGUUCGGUGAUUUCGCCAACAAUGCUCAAUGUAUUGUCGAUCAGUUCUUGGCUGCCGGUGAACAGAAAUGGCUCCAGCGCAGUGGUCUCGUCAUGUCGUUGCCCCACGGUUAUGAUGGUCAAGGCCCCGAACAUUCUUCGGCCAGAAUUGAACGUUACCUCCAAAUGUGCGAUGACAACCCUUACGUCUUCCCUUCGCCCGAGAAACUUCAACGCCAACAUCAAGACUGCAACAUGCAAGUCGUCUAUGCCUCCACUCCCGCACAGUACUUCCACGUCCUCCGUCGCCAGAUCUGCCGUGAGUUCAGAAAGCCUUUGAUCAUGCCUUUCUCCAAGUCUAUGCUUCGUCAUCCUCUUGCGCGUUCCUCUUUGGAGGAAAUGACUGGUGAUAGUCACUUCCAAUUGUAUCUCCCUGAUGCCCACCCAGAUCACUUGGAAGCUCCUGAAAAGAUCACCAAGCACAUCUUCUGUACCGGUCAAGUGUACUAUGCUCUCCUUCGUGCCCGUGAACAGAACAAGAUGACCGAUGUGGCCAUUUCUCGUGUGGAACAAUUGAACCCUUUCCCUUACCAGCAGAUCAAGGAACACGCUGACAAGUAUCCUAACGCCGACAUUAUCUGGUGUCAGGAAGAACCUUUGAACAUGGGUGCCUGGCAACACGUGCAACCCCGUUUGACCACUGCCUUGUCUGAGACCUCUCACCAUGCCGGCAAGACACCUAAAUAUGCCGGUCGUGCACCUUCUGCAUCCGUGGCCACGGGUAACAAGAAGAAGCACUUCCAGGAAGAAUACGAUUUCUUGAGCACGGCUUUGAUCGGUCAAGCCACCCAGCCCAAGGACAUCGAAGGUGGUGUGCCUCUCUGGUAAAAAAAAAGAAAAUCAUUUUGAACACAUACAAACCGAAAAAAAAAAGAUUAUUUUAAACGUAAAUGAAAACGCAUUACAUUGUAUACACAAAGAGACGACGUUGAAAGAUAAGAAACCAAACCUUUUUUUCACGUAAUUAAAAGCAUUUUUUCUAUAUUUCUAUUACUAUGCUUUUGGCGAUGCUUUGAUGACUUUGG